AUGGGAGGCUUUGGGCGGAGGCCGGCUCGCCUGCUUAUACGGCGUAAUACGAAGAGGCGAGACCAGACGGUCAACAGGCGCCCGACUGGAGGCGCACGGGAUGGAGUCGAUGGAUUCACUGGCCAGCAUCGAGGUGUUUGGCAAGGCCAUCUUUGGGGUAGGUACUUUUCGUCGCCAGCGUACGGGCAGCUUGGUAGGGGCUGA